UAAUUAACGUUUGCCUCCAAUAAAAGUGCUAUUUUUGUACAUUAAUUGUAAAUAUAUUAUUGUUUUUUAUUUCACAUUCAGCGAUAAAUCAAAUACAAACAGACAAUGCGUUUUGAAUUAAUUGUAUUAUUUUGUCUGUUUUCGGCUAUUGUUUGGGCGGAAAAGCCUAAAGAUGGUAAGAGUAGAAGAGCCCGGAAUUACAAGCCAAAGACCCAGAACAUUCAAAAUGCACGUAUGGUUAGUAAUGAAAACGCGCCGCUCAGGUGGGGUAUUAUGGGCGCCGGCAAAAUCAGCAAUGACUUCGUGGCCAUCGUUAAGACUAAUCCCGCACAUCAGUUUGUUGCCGUGGGUUCCCGACGACUAACUGGCGCUCAGGACUUCGCCAAACGUCACAACAUAACCAAAGCGUACGGCUCUUACGAGGAGUUGGCCAAAGACCCUGACGUUCAGGUGGUAUACGUCGGGACCGUAAACAACGCCCAUUUGGCUAACGUUAAGCUAUUGAUCGAAAACGGGAAACACCUUCUCGUGGAGAAACCGCUGGCCAUGAACUCCAAGCAGGUGGAAGAGAUGAUAGCGUUGGCCAAACACAAGAAGCUGUUCUUCAUGGAGGCGUUGGUCACACGAUUCACGCCGUCGUUUGUCUUCGUGACGGAUCAGAUCCGUCGCGGAGUGAUCGGUCAGGUGUAUCACGUGAACGCCGGUCUCGGCUAUCACAUGAUUCUGGAGGACAGAGUGGCCACCAGAGAGUUGGGCGGCGGAACUGUAUUAGAUCUCGGAAUCUACGCCAUCGGUGUGGCCGACGAGGCCUAUGACGGCGAGAUGCCCACCAAGAUUGAGGCCAUCGGCCAACUCAACGACAACGGCGUGGACCUGAACUUCGCGGCCAAUCUUAAGUACGGCGGCAAUCGUACGGCCAGUAUAUUCGCCAACAGUUUACUACUGUUGCCAAACGAGGCGUUUAUUGUGGGCACUAAUGGCACGAUUCGGAUUACGGCAAACUUCAAGUCGUCGGAGAGAGUGUACGUGAAUGGUGUGGUCCAUGAGUUCCCGUUCCCGAAGACCACAGAGUUUCUCAAUUACGGCGAUAGUCUGGCGCUGAGGUAUGAGGCGGAAGAGGUCCGCAAAUGUAUUAAUGAGGGAAAGAUUGAAAGCGAAAAGAUGUCACACAAGGACUCCAUUGUUAUGGCGAAGAUUGAGGACGAGAUCCGCAAACAGAUUGGCGUUGUCUUCAACGAAGACUCGUAAACAAUGGCUUAAAAUUAUUAUCAUUAUUAUUAUCGAUGC